UCAUACCAAUUCUUCCACCUGAACCACGAUAAUCACUUCUCAAUCAUGAAUGUCGACUCCGAUUCAGACAUAUCCAUAUCCGACUACGAAGAAAACGAAGCCGGUGUGUCACGCAGCAGAACAAAAGGAAAAAAGAAGGCUACAGACAAACGAAAGAAAGACAAAGCGAAACGCAAGCCGAAGGACGUGCAAGCUUACACCUGGGAGGCAAACUUUGCUCGUUCAUGGGAGACUGUACAGGAAGACGAAGGUGGAAGCCUGCAAGGUGCUGUGAAUGAUUGGAUGGCUAGAGGGAGGCGGAAACGCCUACUUCAACCUCAGAAUGCCAUCAGACGCACAAUCAUCCGGCAUAUGGUCCUUCUAAUCGACCUAUCCUCCUCCAUGAUGGAUCGGGACAUGCGGCCGACGCGUUUCGCAGUGACUUUACAGUAUGCACGCGAAUUCGUCCUGGAAUGGUUCGACCAGAAUCCUCUUGGACAGAUGGCUGUCGUCGGAAUGAGAGCGGGCGUUGGAGAACGGAUUUGUGACAUGUCGGGUAAUCCGCAAGAUGUCCUCAAAUCCAUAUCGGACAGACACAAACUCGAGCCAAUCGGCGAACCGAGUCUCCAGAAUUCUAUUGAAAUGGCUAGGAAUAGUAUGAAUCACCUCCCGACCCACUCCUCCCGCGAAAUUCUCAUCAUCUUCGGGUCUUUGACCACCUGCGAUCCAGGCAACAUUCAUGACACUCUCGAUGAAUGUGUCAAAAACAGAAUCCGAAUAUCGAUCGUGGCUCUUGCUGCUGAAAUGAAGAUUUGUCGAGACUUAUGUGAUAAAACCGGCGGCCAGUUCGGUGUCGCUUUGAACGAAGGUCAUUUCAAAGACCUACUUUUUGAGCUCGUUCCUCCGCCUGCACAACGAGCUUUACCCCGUUCCUCCGCCGCAACUGGAGGCGCAGGAGUAUCAUCAUCAACGAAUCCUGCCGCUGAUCUAAUAAUGAUGGGAUUCCCAACGCGACUACCAGAUACUUCACCACCAAGUUUCUGUGUCUGCCAUUCCGAGCUCAGGAGCAAAGGUUUUUUAUGCCCACGUUGUCUUGCUAAAAUUUGCGACGUACCAACGGAUUGUGAUAUCUGUGGGCUCAUGAUUGUCAGUUCACCGCAUCUGGCAAGGAGUUAUCAUCAUCUGUUUCCGGUGAAGCCUUAUGCUGCUGUAGCAUCCUUUGACAACGUCGCAGAUCCAUCGACAAGUCCCUCCUGCCACGCAUGCUCGAAAAUCUUCCCGACGACGGCAUUGCAUAACAUAGUUGAUGGUAUGAGUGCAAUAGGUAGAUAUCGGUGUCCGGAUUGUAAAACAGACUUCUGCUCGGAUUGUGAUGUUUUUGUGCACGACGUGAUACAUUGUUGUCCAGGUUGUGGCGAAUAGUUGAGUUUUUACAUCUUUACCUUCAAUGAUGAGAACACAGGACC